AUGCCUGCAUCUACGUUUACCAUAACUUCCACAAAACCAAUGUCCCCACGACCAACAAGUAUAAAGACAGCCACCACUACCACUGCUACCACUGCCACUACAACUAUCACACCUGAUCUUUAUUACAAUAGUCUCACACCAACACCAAGAUCUACACCAUUCAGUCUAGAACAAUUUGGAUUUGAAGAAUAUGAUGAAAAUGAAAGUAUAGUAUCUGAUGUUGAUUUAUUAUUACUAGAACAACAAGAUUUUAUUCCUACUACACAGCCACCUCAUCAACCACAUACAUCAAAAUAUCAUACUAUUGUCAAUACAAUUUCACCACACAAGAUACUAUCGCAAUAUUUUGCUACCGAAUUAUUUUAUGCCAACAAUUUACUUCAAAUUUCCAAUCAUUUCAUCAAUCGAGAAUUUGAUUCAUUUAAUAAUGAUUUAAUUUUAAAUCCUAAUAUCCCUAAAACCAAUCAUUUAGAAUUGAUCAAUCAAUUAACCAUAAUGUAUAAUGAAACCAUGAAAUUGGUUGAAACUAUUGAACAAUUUAAUCAGGAAUUAGAUGAUAUAAUUGUUGAUAAUUAUACGAUUCAUAAUUUACAAAAUUUAAAAAUGAGUUAUAAUGAAAAAUUGGAUAUUCAUUUGAAUGUCCCCGUUCAUGAAAUUGUUGAUAAGAUAAUUGAUGGAUUAUAUCAAUAUAAUUUAACUGUGGAAGAUUUAUUAGAAGAUGAACAAGAAAAAGAAAAAGAAAAAGAAGUAGUAGAAGUAGAAGAAGAAUUAAGCAAUGAGGAUAAAAAAUCAAUUGAUAAAAUUAAAACUUAUCACGAUAAAAUUUUGUCAAUAUUGAAUUUACAAGAUGAAAAAUUUACAAUUGAAAAAGUUGAAAAAUUUCAUAAUAUAUUGCAAUAUGAAAUUAUUGAAAAUAAAGAAUGGCAAUCAGUUGUUAAAUUGUGUCCAUUAUAA